AUGGAACUGGCUGCUAUUGUGCAGAGCCUCAUGGAUUCCACGUUGAGAACAAGGGUGGUAAUGGCAGUGGUUGUGGCAGAGAGCCAACAGUGGAAACUAGGGCAGAGAUGGAAAAAUCCAAAGCUGGUCCAUAACAUCAGCAAUAGCAAAGGUGCAGCUGCAGGGCUGGUGGACAGAGGAGAGUCAGAACUGAUGAUUAGCCACUGGGAGGGACUUCUGAUUGGCUACCAAGAUUUCUGGCUACGUGAAGGCCAGCGGGGUCUUUGUGAAUUCCAGCCACGAGAACUGUUUGCUCCUUUAACAUGGGAAAAAACUACCUCUUUUCACCUAUGUGUUGGCUCUAGAUUAUGCAAUGUGCUUCAGAAGAAUCUCUCCAUUUUGCUUAUAUUCUUAUUUGAUAUGGUUUACAAGUAUGACAUGAAAAGUUGCAAGGUUAAUGAUCCCCUCCCUAUUCUUCACACUUAUUUCCAGUCCGGUGAUUUCAUCAUGGGUGCUAUUACUUCUCUUGUCUUCAUGCCUCCAGAUCCAACUACCUUUUCUGAAGAUCCCCAUCAUUCAUUUAUAAGAGAACCCAUAGUCCAGACUAAAUUUUAUCAGCAUAUUUUAGCUUUAAUAUUUGCUGUAAAGGAGAUCAAUGAAAACCCUCAGAUCUUGUGCAACAUCACCUUGGGUUUCAAUAUUUUCGACAGCUACGAUGAGACAUGGACUUAUCAUACCACAAUGAAACUAUUUUCACCAUUGAAGAGAAUAAUCCCAAAUUAUAAAUGUGGCUUUCAGAACAACAUGAUUGCAGUCAUUGGAGCUCUUUAUUCUGAAACUUCUAUUUACAUGGGAGAUAUCUUGAAAACCUAUAAAGUUCCGCAGAUUAUAUAUGGAUCACAUCCAGAGAUGCCAGAUCAAAGUGAAUCUUUUUCCUUCUAUCGAAUGGUCCCUGGUGAAAGUUAUGAAUACAAAGGUCUGCGUCAUCUGCUUUUGCACUUUGGAUGGACCUGGGUUGGGAUUCUUGUAAAAGAAGAUGACGAUGGAAGAUUUGUGAGAAUGACAUUUUCAACGUUUCUUCUUCAUGGCAUUUGUAUUGCCUUCCUUAAAAAAAUAAGACCAAUUUAUAUCAGUAAUAUUUCUGAGGAUCUAGAAUGGCUAGCAGAAAUAUAUCAUGUUUCAAUGAACAACAAAGCCAAAGCAGUGAUUGUCUAUGAAAGAACACUUCUGCAUUUGAGGUUACUAUUACAUCUUCCUAAAAUGGAACUAGUGUCCUUAGAGCCUAAAGGUAAGGUGUGGAUCAUGACCUCCCAGAUGGAUCUUGCAUCAGUGUUUUACCAAAAGAGCUGGGAUAUUCAAGACAUCCAUGGUUCCCUAUCCUUUUCAGUUCACUCCAGUGAUAUUCCAGGAUUUCAGGACUUUGUCCAGGCAAGACACCAUUUUUCAUCAAAAGAAGAUGGCUUUAUCAAAGAUGUGUGGGUACAUGCAUUUGACUGUUCCUUUCCCAGUACUUUGGUGAAUGAUAAAGAUAGUGAUAUUUGUACUAUGAAGGAGAAACUAGAGGACCUCCCUGGGACUUUUUUUGAAAUGAGCAUGACUGGCCAUAGUUACAAUAUAUAUAAUGCAGUAUAUGUUGUAGCUCAUGCUUUGCAUGCCCUGCAGAUUGAACAAAAACAAGAAAGAAACCUGUACAGAGGAAAACAAAAUCUUCAGACUCAGCAUCCAUGGCAGCUCCACCAGUUUCUAAAAAGCAUUGCAUUUAAUAACAGUGUUGGGGAUGAGAUUUUGUUUGAUCAGAAAAGGGAACUGAUAGUUGGAUUGGAUGUUAUCAAUUGGGUCACCUUCCCCAACCAGUCUUUCUGUCGAGUGAAAGUUGGGAAACUGAAUCCCUUGACUUCUGAGGGCAAAAAGCUCAUCAUUCAUGAUGAAGCCAUCACCUGGCAUGAAUCUUUCAACCAAACACUACCUAUUUCUCUGUGUACUAAGAGCUGCCUCCCUGGUAAUUUCAGGAGAAAGCAGGAGGAAAAACAAUUUUGUUGCUAUGAUUGUCUUCCAUGUCCUAAAGAGAAAAUGUCAAACCUGAUUGACAUGGAUGAUUGUUCUGGAUGCCCAGAAGACCAAUAUACAAGCAUGGACCAAGAUUCAUGUAUUCCAAAGAGAAUAUCUUUCUUAUCCUAUGAAGAACCAAUGGGAAUAAGUCUAGUUAUUUUGGCACUCUUUUUUUCCUUUUGUACAAUUUUGAUGCUGUCAACAUUUUUGAAAUAUCACCAUACUCCCAUUGUCAAAGCUAAUAAUCGAAAUCUCACCUAUGUUCUACUCAUCUCCCUCCUCUUCGGCUUCCUUUGCUCACUGCAGUUCCUCAUUGCACCAAAUGAUAUAAUAUGUCUCCUCCGACAAAUUAGUUUUGGCAUCAUCUUCUCAAUGGCUGUGUCUUCUGUGCUGGCUAAAACCAUCACCGUGGUUUUGGCUUUCAUGGCCACCAAGCCAGGAUCCAGAAUGAGGAAAUGGGUGGGAAAACGGUUAGCCACCUCCAUUGUUCUGUCUUGUUCCCUGAUUCAAGCAGGCAUAUGCAUUGUGUGGCUGUUCACAUUUCCUCCUUUUCCAGAUGUUGACACCCAUUCAGAAAUUAAGGAAAUGAUACUGCAGUGCAAUGAAGGUUCAGCUACCAUGUUCUACUGUGUCUUGGGCUACAUGGGCUUUCUGGCAGCUGCCAGUUUCAUAGUAGCUUUUUUCUCCAGGAAUCUUCCUAGUAGUUUCAAUGAAGCCAAAUGUCUCACAUUUAGCAUGCUAAUUUUCUGCAGUGUGUGGCUCUCCUUUGUUCCAUCCUACCUGAGCACAAAAGGCAAAUAUGUGGUGGCUGUGGAGGUUUUCUCCAUUUUGGCCUCUAGUGCUGGGUUGUUGGUUUGCAUAUAUUUCCCCAAAUGUUAUGUAAUAAUUUUUAGGCCAGAACUAAACAACCAGAAGCAACUAAUUAAAAGACAAUAUUAA